UUGUUGUUGAAUUCAAUCGUCGUCCUGGAGAAAAAAACGAACGGUGGAACUGUGGUGACGAGGGUUCUGCUCCGAUAUCAUGUGGGUCUCCGUGUGGGUAACUAGCACUUAGGUCGAGUGUUUAUGUAAAGAUUUUGUGGCAUCGAGGUGGAAAACACAGGCUGACGUGAGGGGGCCUGAUACUGUUAUUAGAACUCCGUGGGCUUCGCAAUCACGCGCGGACGUAACCAAGAAAGAACAGAGAAACCGAUAAACUUCAUGACCUAAAGUAUUUACUGCAUACCCGGCCGUGCGUCAUGAAAAAAGUUGGUCAGAGCAGGGCUCUUGAACCUAGGGACUACUUCAGUGGUGUUGGAAUAGCUUGCACUGAUAUUGAAUUGAUUCAUUUCGAGCGUGUUGAAGCGAUUUUGAGGCUAUUGGUGGAGUGUUCUCGAAAUUUGGUGGGAAGUGAGCUCAGAGACUGUAGUUGAGAGGGACGGUUGUGCGGUGGGAAAAUUUCAAGUCGCACAGCUCACAUGAAGAGGUUUAUGCGCAGAGGAGGAUCGGGGCAGGAUGAAUCUACCUCUCACACAGAUGAGAAUGCUAGGGUCAAGGAUUUAAGGACGGCUUUGGAGCCACUUAGCGAACGCGAUGGCCAUUAUGCAACGGAUGCAUGUCUCAGGCGGUAUCUUCGAGCUCGCAGUUGGAACGUCAAGAAAGCAGAAAAGAUGUUACGAGACACUUUGGCAUGGCGAGCUUCCUACAAACCAGAAGAUAUCCGCUGGGAGGACGUUGCCAAGGAAGCGGAAACGGGGAAAGUAUACAGAGCUGCCACUGUCGAUAAGCAGGGGCGUUCGGUUCUGGUGAUGCGCCCCGCAAAACAGAAUACUACGUCGCGAGAGGGCCAAGUUAAGCAGCUUGUCUAUUCGAUGGAGAAUGCCAUUGCGAAUCUACCUGAGGAUCAAGAGGAGAUGAUUUGGUUGGUGGACUUCAAGAAUUGGAGCAUGACCAAGCCUAUUUCUAUCAAAACUACUCAGGAUGCGGCACAUGUGUUGCAAAGACACUACCCUGAACGUCUUGGCUAUGGAAUCUUAAUCAACCCUCCACACAUCUUCGAAACGUUCUGGCAGGUAGUCAAGCCGUUUCUGGAUGCAAAAACAGCCCGGAAGGUGAAGUUUGUGUAUACCAACGACCCUGCAUCCAUGCAACUUGUAAACGAACUGUUUGAUGCUGGCCAGCUGGAGGAGUUACUCAAGGAAGACAACUUCAACCUGGAGGAGUACUCUAAGCAGAUGCGUCAAGAUGACUACAAGUUUCACUUCCAUAGAAAGUUAGCAGAUGCAAGUGUAUAGGCAGAGCUGAACCAUGACUUUCAGGGUCUAAAAAACCACCCAUUGCUGGAGAAUGCAAUGUCGGCACACUUUACAUGUGCUGAAUGUAUCAAUAGAAACCCAUUUGCGUGCUAUUAAAGCACACACUUCCACUGACA